CGCGGGGGGCAAGAGGGGGGGAGGUAAACAAAAUGGCGGCGGCGUGUUAGCUGCGGCGGCUGGAAGGCAAGGAGAGGGCGACGUUGGUUUGACGUUGGGGGUCGGAAGGGGAGCAAACAGCCCACCCCACCCCCAACGCUGCACCUAGGUGGGGAGGCGACCCCUUUUCCUCCGUAGGCUCGUUGGAGGGGAAGCCUACGAGAAGAGCGGCUCCCUUUCCCGGCUCUGCCUGCCUUGUCUUGUCUUGUCUCUCAGAUGAGUGAGACGUCGCGGCCUUCUCUUUCUUGAAGUGUGUUGUGUGUGAGGGGGAGCCUUUAGGGAAGACCCCCACAUUGGGGAGAAGCUUGUCGUGUCGUUGAGGCGAGUGAGUGACAGGGAGGUCGGGGGGGGUUAUUUGGGAAAGGUGGGCGGUAUGUAUAUGUGUGUGCUGAGGUAAAAGAAGGGAUUUUUUUGGGUGGUCUGUAAAUUGAGCCCCCUUAAUUUGAGGAAAAAGAGACCCUUCUUAGCCAGGAAAUAUUUUCACUCGCCCUCCAAUUUCAUAUGUUGUAGGCACUUGUGUGUGUGUGUGUGUGUGUGUGUGUGCAGGGAGGGGAGGAAAUCUGCAAUUAUUCCCCUCUUUUUUUUUGUGGGAGAUGCCUAUUAAUGACCCUUCUUGAAUGAGACAAACCUUUCCCUGGAAAUAGAAAACUAUAACGAAAAAGCCCCUUGCUUAACUUGCUUUCUUUUCUGAAUGGGAUGGAUAGCAAUGAGUGAUCUUUUUUUGUUUUUUGUUUAAAAAGCACCGAAUUGUUAUUUUUACAUGUUCAGUUUUAAGAAUUCCUUCAAUGGAGGACCUCUCUUUUGCAAGCAGAUAAAAGUAUUAUAAAUUUUCUCAGGUGUUUUUUUUUUUUAAACUAUUCUCCUUUGGAGGAGGUCUUUAGAGUUCAGUGUGCAUUUUGGAUGUAAGGAACUUUGCUGAUUUCCACAGCAUCCACUCAAUUGUUAAUUGAAUUGUUAUUUUUUUUUUAGAGGGCAGUUAUAUUUCCUGCUAAGUUGGGUUAUGGCAAAAAGAGAUAUCUCACUGCCUUAAAUUUGGGGAAAGGUAAGCCCUGUUUAAGGGCAUCUUUUCGUAUUAAUAUUGAUCUGAUUGGCGGGGGUAACAAGACACUGAAAAAAGCCUUAUUCAAGAAAGAAGAUAGGGUCGAUUUACUUACAUUUUCCACACAUGUUUGACAUGUGCCUUGCUUUCUGAAUUUAUGGGAACAAUCUAGCUGUUAAGAGUAGGAGCUGGUUUCUUUUUAUUGUUACCUAGGAAUAGCCUUCUUGAUAGGCCUAUUGAGGUCAUUUUUUAAUAUUUAGCUUAAAAAGUGUGUGUGUGUGUGUGUGUGUGUGUGACAGGGGGAGCUUAUUAUUUCCAACAGCAAGAAAGGCCAGAACCAGGUAUUAAUAAAUAAUUUGAAGUGUGCUUACUGAAGUUAGAUUUCUGAAUUGAUGGUUUUAAAGUAUAGAUUUUUGCCAAAUUAAAAAAAAAAACUUAGAAGUUCUUUCCCUUUUCCAGGGAACUUACUUAAUCUGAAGAAGUGUUGUUCAAGAUAUCUUAAUCACAUCCAGCCCCCUUUAUGGUGGGUCCGUAGUUCUGGGAAAACUGAGUAAGGUUUGCACUGCCUGCCUGCCUGCCUUGAUACCUGAAGCAGUGGGGUGACACAUCAUGUGUCAGGUAGACCCCAGGUGGUUGAAGGAUGCCCCUUACUAGAUACAGAAGGCCUAGAACCUUUGUCAAGGGUGAAAAAGAAGCAGUUAAAAUCAGUAUUGAAAAUUCCUUUAAAGAGACUUGGUUUCAGCUUCCCAACGGCUGAAAGGAUCCUUCACACAAGUUGUACCUUGGUGGUGAGAGCAGAAGUCGUGUCUCGAUUUUCCACACCACACUUCGGAAACAGGAGCUGUCGUUUCUUGCUCAGCAAUGGCACACCCCUAAAAAAUAGCAAUUCUGAUAUUUUGAUUUCAAACAUGGACAGUCUUUUGAAGAUGACUUAGGUCUCAAGGAAAAAAAAUAGUUUGGACUUACUAAGGAAGACAAACUGAUUUCAAAUACUGGGAAUAGCAGGACAAGAUCAAAAAGUUAAAGCUAAGUGUAAAUUGAGCAAACAGCUGCAUUGAUUUCUCCCCCCCUCUGCAUGCUCUUUUAAAAGAGGCACUGUAAAUUGGAAUGUGCUGGAUCUCUGUAGGAUCCCUCUAAGUUGAUGGAAAAGUUCUCAUAAGUUUUUAUUUUUCAUUUUAAGUUAAAACUGUACAGUCUUUUGGAAAAUUCUUAUUUGCCUCCACCGAAACUUUUUUUUUUCCAGUCAAAAGAUUUUGGGCACAAAAAAGUAUUGGAUAUAUCAGGAACUGGAUUUAUAACACAUUUUUGCUUAGGGGAAAAAAACCAAGAUGGAUCUAGAGGAGCCUCAGCAGUUGGGCAUGUUUGUGGAAGGUGAAUUGAUGUCAGUGGGCAUGGACACAUUCAUCCACCGGAUUGACUCUACAGAAGUGAUCUACCAGCCACGGCGGAAAAGGGCCAAACUCAUAGGCAAAUAUCUGAUGGGGGACCUGCUUGGGGAAGGGUCUUACGGCAAGGUCAAAGAGAUGCUGGACUCUGAAACUCUCUGUAGGAGAGCUGUCAAAAUCCUUAAGAAGAAGAAACUGCGACGGAUCCCCAAUGGAGAAGCUAAUGUUAAAAAGGAAAUACAACUCCUACGGCGGUUGCGGCACAAAAAUGUGAUCCAGCUAGUUGACGUGUUGUACAAUGAAGAGAAGCAAAAAAUGUAUAUGGUAAUGGAGUAUUGUGUCUGCGGCAUGCAAGAGAUGUUGGACAGCGUCCCUGACAAAAAAUUUCCAGUCUUUCAAGCGCACGGGUACUUUUGCCAACUUAUAGAUGGCUUGGAAUAUCUGCACAGCCAGGGCAUCGUACACAAAGAUAUCAAACCGGGAAAUCUCCUGCUAACAACCAAUGGGACUCUAAAGAUAUCAGAUCUAGGUGUGGCAGAGGCCUUGCAUCCAUUUGCUGAGGACGACAUGUGCCGAACCAGCCAGGGGUCACCAGCUUUUCAGCCUCCAGAAAUUGCCAACGGCCUUGAUACCUUUUCUGGCUUCAAAGUAGACAUUUGGUCAGCAGGUGUUACGCUGUACAAUAUUACAACAGGCCUUUAUCCCUUUGAGGGAGAUAAUAUUUAUAAAUUAUUUGAAAACAUUGGAAAAGGAGACUACGUAAUCCCUGAGGAUUGUGGCCCUCCGCUUUCGGAUUUGCUUAGAGGAAUGCUUGAAUACGACCCAGCCAAGAGGUUUUCAAUACAACAGAUAAGGCACCACAACUGGUUUCGGAAAAAGCACCCUCAGUGUGAGCCUCCCAUCGCCAUCCCGCCCAGCCCGGAGACGAAGGAUCGGUGGAGGAGCAUGACGGUGGUGCCUUACUUGGAAGACCUCCAUGGUUACAACGAGGAGGAGGACGACGACUUAAGGGAUGACUACCUGGAGGACGAGAUCAUUUACACUCAGGACUUCACCAUGCCAGGUGAAGGCGAGGCAGGGCUUAGAGAGGAGGAGGAGGACAGCACAGAGCAGGAAGGAUUGCUUGCAUUCCUGUUCGGAGACUGCGACCAGCUGCCCGGCGUGGAGGAAGGAAGGAGUGAGAAGCUUAGCUUAGAUGCCCCGAGAGAGCACAAAGAGCAGGACGAAUCCAGGACGGCUUGUUUCUCUUCCAACUGAGGGGUGGGAGGUGGGGGGCGCACGGCCAAGCCUACCUACCUUGGGCUGUUUUCUUGUGAUGGGGUAUCUGUACCACGGCCUUCGGUGGCACAGGAAGGGGCCCAUCCAGCCCCCUGCUUAAUAGGGAUACUUUUGACACUGGGAGUUUAUCCUCUUUCAAAGCAGCCUCCCUCACGUGUUGUGGCCUCCCAAGUCUUCCUGAACCCCAGUUAUGCCUCACCAUUCCCUUGCAUCUGCCUGGUCAUCCUCUGAUCCCCGUUUUCCAUCUUUUACCUGCACACUCUCUUGGCCCGGCAACCCCUGUCUUUUUUCCGGGAAAGGUAAGGGCACGACGGCCUCCUUGGUAUGGUUGACAAAGGGAGAAGACCAAUCUUCAACCCUGUUUCAACAUAGUGGGAACCCAGGACCGGGAGAGCGGCUGUAAAGUAACCCCGAAACUCAGAAACGCUCCCCUUGCAUAGCCAGCGAGGAGAAAAUGCAGAAUCUACACGGGUUUUUGGUUUUUGUUAUUGUUGUUGUUCAGUUUUCUAAGGAGGCCCUUUAAAACCUCCUGUUUGAAAGGGCUGCCAAGCAGCUCCGUUAGUUGGGUGGGCUUCAUUAGGGUGGGAAUGAGGUGGCCUGGGACAGCAACGACCGUCUCACUUCUUUCUCCCCUCCUACGCCACCUUCUUUUACUCUAGGUUGUACCCUUCCCAACCAGUGGGCCACCGACCAAACAUCAUCCAUUUGGCCAGCUUGGUUAGAGGAAGCUGAGUUUGGGGCGGGUGCCUUGUCAGGUUCCUAGCUGGCCAGGUUUCACCAGGAGCAACCUCCUUGCUGCUUCUUAACUGGGCACCAGAAGAUGUUAGAAGUUAAGCAAGGAAGAGGCAAGAUGGUUAGAUUGCCUUAUCUGCCCAAGGGGGGCAUCACAACACCCUUUUCCCCAACCUGGUUGCCCUCUGGAUCUCUCAGAAUUGAGGGUUGCAUUCUAAUCUGGUAUUUCUCAACCUUGGCAACUUUAGGAUAGGUGGACUUCAACUCCAAGAAUUCUGGGAGUUGAAGUCCACUUAUCCUAAAGUUGCCAAGGUUGAGAAACAUUGCUCCAAAUCAGGGGUCCUCAAACUUGGCAGCUUUAAGACUUGUGGACUUCAACUCCCAGAAUUCUCCAUAGCUGGCUGGAGAAUUCUGGGAGUUGAAGUCCACAAGUCUUAAAGCUGCCAAGUUUGAAGGCCUCUGCUCUAAAUCUUAUGGCAGACACUUAUUAUUAUUAUUAUUAUUUUAAAAGGGCUGUAUUUCAGACCUGUUUCCCCAACUCGCCUCUGGAUCUUACAAAGGCUGCAGCAGCACAGUUUCUGCCUCCCUCAGCCUGCCUGUUGCAGGGAGGCGAGUGCGGUUCCCUUUGUGGGCCCAACAAAUGAUUGUGGCAGCAUUAAUCGCUGCUAUUAUCCUCUGCUUAUGCAGACAGCCUCUGUUCAAAGCCGGUUGGGAACUGUCAGUCAGUGGGCUUGAUGCGCAAUUACGGGGAAGAUGGUUUUUGCAAGCCUCUCUUGCUUGCUUGAAUGCCUCUUCCGCCGUCUCUCCUGGGUAACGCAAGCUCUUAAAAGUUCUCCCAUCCCACCUACACAACCACACACCUCUUAUCUAUUGUGUCCCUGUUUUGUUAAGGAUUUUUUUUUUUUUUGAGAAAAGCUAUUCUUUUUACAACCUUUCCUGACCUGGUAAAGUCAGCUUUGUUUCGAAGAGCAAAAUAAAUGUCUUUUCUCUUUU